CUUUCGGGAAGUUGCUCCAUUACACUGCAUUUCACCUAGCAGUAGCAGGAGGGGCAUGAAUCUUUUCAUUAGGUGACAAAAUUAUACAUGAGCGUUUGUUUAAGGCGAUAUAAACACACAACGUUUACCUAAAGUUCACCUGAGGUCACCAGAGGAGACGAGGAAUGUCGCGCGGGUCAAACGCAGGUUUCGACCGACACAUCACCAUCUUUUCACCGGAGGGCCGACUCUACCAAGUCGAGUAUGCCUUCAAAGCCAUCUCCCAGAGCGGGCUGACGUCUGUGGGAGUCCGAGGGACAGACACAGCUGUGGUGGUCACACAAAAGAAAAUACCUGACAAGCUGCUGGACUCUACCACUGUGACAAACAUGUUCAAACUCACCACGCGCAUUGGUUGUGUGAUGACCGGGCAUAGUGCGGACAGCCGUUCUCAGGUUCAUCGGGCCCGGGUGGAGGCAGGGGAAUGGAAAUAUAAGUUUGGUUAUGACAUCACAGCAGAUGCAUUGUGUCGUAGGUUGGCCGAUAUCUCCCAGGUCUACACACAAAAUGCGGAGAUGAGGCCUCUUGGCUGCUGUAUGAUGAUGGUGGCUGUGGACCCCCAGCAUGGUCCUGUCCUGUAUAAAUGUGACCCUGCGGGGUACUACUGUGGCUUCAGAGCAACGGCAGUGGGGGCCAAACAAACAGAGGCAAAUGGCUAUCUGGAGAAGAAACUGAAGAAAAAGCCUGAGCUGACCCAUGACAGGACCAUACAGAUGGCUAUAUCAUGCCUGUCCUCUGUUCUGUCCCUGGACUUCAAGGCCAGUGAGCUGGAGGUCGGCCUAGUCACCAAAGAAAAACCAAAGUUCAGGACGCUGUCAGAGGCAGAGAUAGAAGCUCACCUGGUUGCCAUAGCUGAACGGGAAUAAAGGUGCCCUCACAGGCUUCAGACCAUGAUCCACAGUAUCAUAAUAGUCCAGAGUCAGUGGGCUCAGUUUUUCCAUUUAGUAUCUUUAAAACAGAAGUACAAAAUCUUUUACAUGUAUGUCCACAACGUUAACCAAGCAGAAAUCCUCCAUAGGAGACUCAUGACACACUGAUCAAGUACUUCACCAGAGAUUUACAAUGGACUUCCAAUAAAAUCAUUUUACAAUAA